AUGCUGAGCAGAGUGUGCGGCCGGCUCGCGUCAGCGCUGCGAGGGACACUCGCGCCGCCGUCCGCGGUCGCCCUGAGAUAUGAAGCAUCGACAAAUGAAUUGAUUAAUGAAGAGUUAGGCAUAGCCUAUCCAAUUAUUGAUGGGAUUCCUAAUAUGGUACCAGAGGCAGCUAGGAUGACACAUCAAAAUAAGAAGCAAGAAGUGGAGCAGCACUAGAUCAUACUUAAAAACACAACACACAACUAAAUAUUCUGAAUACCACCUACCUUGUAAAAAGUCAGAGUGGCGGGUGAUAAGUGGAG